GAUCAUUCGCCAGACUAUCUUGGGAUAUACUUAUCGAGUCAUCUCAUCACCACCCAACUCAACUUCUGGAUUUCAUCUCACAACCUCUCUUCCCCCGUCAACAUUCAUCCAUCACCAACCAGACACCACCAAACAUGUCCCUCCCGAACCCAGACAACCGCCCGCUCCUAAUUGGGCCUCCCACCGGGCCCGAGGCCCCCUUCCCCUUCCGCAUGGAGGGCGAAGUCAUUUCCGGCUUUGGCCGUGGCUCCAAAGAGCUCGGCAUCCCGACCGCCAACCUGCCCGUCGACGACGAAAACACCUGGAUCAAGAACAUCGACUCGGGCAUCUAUUUCGGCUGGGCAUCGCUCAAGUUGCCCGCUUCGCAUCCCAACUCAGUCUUGUACCAGAAACCUCCUACUUCCGAGCCGGUGAUGAUGGAGCCUGUUCAGCAGCAGCAGCAGCAACAAAAUCAACAACAACAACAACAAGAAGGGGGAAUUGAAUCAGCCCAACAAGCAAAGCUCGUCGACCAACAAACCGGCCAGUGGCAGAUUUACCCCAUGGUCAUGUCCAUAGGCUACAACCCCUUCUACAAGAACACGGUGCGCUCGGCCGAGGUGCACGUUUUGGGAGAGUUCGCGGCUGAUUUCUACGGGGUGGGCAUGAGGCUUUUGAUUACGGGGUUCAUCCGUAACGAGAAGGAUUACAGCGGGCUGGAGGCGUUGAUUGCUGAUAUCCACUUUGAUUGUGAGGUUGCCAGGCACAGUUUGGCGAGGAAGGGGUGGAGAGUGAGGGAGUUGGGUGUGAAAGAGGGGGGAGAGGAGGGUGAAUUGGAUGGGAGUUGGUUGGUGAGGUGAAGGAGGAGAGGUGAAAAGGGGGAAGUGAGAGGGAGGUGAAGAGAUGAAGGGGAAUUGGAAAGAUUAGAAUUUGUGCGGCGAGUGGGAA